UCAAAUACCUCCCCACACCUACACCACUUUUCAUCUCUCAAACAAAUACAAUAAUAUCAGAAACCAAAACAAAAACCAAUGGGAAGCUACUUCGGCGCCGGAGAAUGCUACUUUGAACAGCAACAAAACGAUUUUAUCACCGGAGGUAAUCAGUUCACCGUUGACGACUUGCUCCUUGACUUCCCUAACGAAGAAGAUGUCGUCAUGAAUGAAGCUUUUUACGACACGUUCACUUCCAAUUCCAAUUCUAAUGAUUUUUCCAGUUCCAACUCUUCAGUUUCCGGCAGCGAUGUUCAGUUAUCCAGCAAUAUCAACUCCUACAGCCUUGCCGGCGGUGAACUUUGCGUUCCGUAUGAUGAUUUGGCUGAGCUAGAAUGGCUAUCGGGAAUCACUGAAGAAUCAUUCUCGAGCGAUGACUUACAUAAUCUGCAGCUAAUCUCCGCCGGAAAUAAAGUUCCGGCCACCGACACGUCAUCUUCCGGCACCACACCGGUAUUCCAACAGAAAAACGCAGGUUGUAACAGAAUUAGCUCACCAAUUUUUCAAAAUGACGUGUUAGUCCCUGGAAAAGUUCGUAGCAAACGUUCACGCGCUGCUCCCUGCGAUUGGUCGUCACGUCUUCUCCUUCUCAAAUCAUCAUCCUCAACAACCGAUCCCAAAACGACGCCGUGUAGAAAGUCAGACGGGUUAGAGAAUUCGGUUAGGAGAUGUUUGCAUUGCGGGUCGGAUAAGACUCCACAGUGGCGAAGAGGCCCAAUGGGCCCGAAAACGUUAUGUAACGCGUGUGGGGUUCGUUACAAGUCGGGUCGGUUAGUGCCCGAGUACCGACCCGCUGCUAGCCCGACAUUUGUACCCGCGAAACACUCUAACUCGCACCGGAAGGUCAUGGAACUCCGACGGCAAAUGGAGCUCCGAACCCAACAGCAACAGUUAAUUAAUCAUGGCUCGAGUUUUGACGGUUGUAAUGGAACCGAUGAUUACUUGAUCCAUCGCCAAAUCGGGCCGAACUACAUUCACAUGAUCUAAUCGGGUCAUGAUUUUAGCUUUGAGAUUAGUUGAUCAUUGAUCAAUCUUCCAAGAAGAGUCAAUUCAGUAGCUUUUUCUUUAUUCUCUCGUUCUGGUCCAGACGGGUAUAAAACUAGUUUUUACUGAGGAUUAAAUUUGUUUCAUUUAGAACGCAAAAGAGAAAAAAAAAACAUAUAACAUGAUCAAUUCAUUGUAGAAUUUUGUAACCUUUGUAAUCAAAUUCACUAAUUGUUGGU